CUCUCUGUUUCCAAACUUCCCGCCUCUCUCUUCCCUUCACCAGUUUCCCUCCCCUCGUGCCUGAACGUCACUUCCCGGCGCCGCCAUUUUGCGUCAUUCCUUCAAUGCAGUGAUGCCGAGGGGCCUGAGUGAGGCAAAGAGUUGCGCGGUAUCCGGUUGGAGUGGAGGGGGGGAAAACAUGGCAAAACGCAAGGGCCCGGUGAAGUUUGACGAGGUAGCGGUGGUUUUUUCGGAGGACGAAUGGAACCUGUUAACAGACCAGCAGCGUGGCCUCUACAUGGAAGUGAUGAAGGAGAACUACGAGCACCUCAUUUACCUAGGCUGUGAAGUUCCUGUUAUCUUAUCCUUGCUGCAGGACGGAGGAGGGAUGGUCAGAGAUACAGUCUCUCAAUCAAAACCCCAGCAAGUGGCAGGAGCCGAGGCAGGUUCUAAAGCCAAUAGUAAGGUAGGAGGAAACAUCCCUGAAAGUCUUUGCUUAAAGCAAGAGAGCAACGGUCCGCAAGGCAAGAAGAGGCCUGCCAAGACCGUUCACUGGAAAGACGAAGAAAUGGAGACAAAUUGUAGUGGGAAUAGCCACGAUGAAAAUCAAGAUGACCAGUCGCCCACCAGCCCUAAUGGGAGGAGCCUAAGGAAGCGCAAGCAGUACUAUUGUCACGACUGCGAGAAAUGUUUCAAGCACAGCUCUGCACUGGAAGCCCAUCGCAGGGUCCAUAGUGGAGAUAAGCCGCAUCAGUGCGACAUCUGCAAAGAAACCUUCAGCUACAAGUCUGCACUUAUUGUGCACCGCCGACUGCAUACUCACGCAUCAACAAGCAAGUCUCAGGAGGUAGAAAAUCAGAUGCCGGAACCUGUUGUAAAUACCUCACCUGUAACCCCUUCACCUGUGAACAUUAAACCUGUAAGUACUACAGCCACAGCUGUGAGUGUUACACCUGUAGUCAUUACGCAGGGAGUCAACUUCAACAACACAUCAGGUAACAUAUCUUACGGGGAAAAGCCUCACAAGUGCAACUAUUGUGACAAAAGGUUUAACGACUUCUCUAUUCUGGAAGCUCACCACCGAAUCCACACAGGGAAGCUUGCUUAUCCGUGCACAAUGUGCGACCAGAGUUUUUCCAAGCCUUCGCUGCUCGCCGCUCACAACAACACUCACAAGGAAGGCAAGCCCUACCAGUGUGACCAGUGCGAUAGGAACUUCAAUGACCAGUCACUGCUUGUGGCGCACAAAAGAACUCACACGGGUGAGAAACCGCACAAAUGCAGCCACUGCAACAAAUGGUACCCCAACCGAACCAGCUUGAUCGCCCACGAGGAGUGCCAUUCGAAGCCCAAGCCCUACAAGUGCAAGCACUGCGACAAGAGCUUUAACGAUAAGUCACUGCUGAUUACCCAUGAAGGAGUUCACACAGACACAAAGCCGUUCAAGUGCAACCAGUGCCCCGAAAGCUUCUUCUUAAAGACUCAGUUGAUGGUUCACCAAACGACUCACGCUCCAGAGAAGCCCUUCCCCUGCAGCCAGUGUGAGAGGAGCUUCAACAAGAAAGAGACUUUGCUAGCUCACAUCCGGGUUCAUAACCUUCAGAACGUUCAAACACAAAAGCCUCACAGGCAGUGAGAGGACCACGGAAUAGAUCGAGUCCGAGUCAAGAUAAAGCUGCAUUUUGCCCGUACAGCUGAAUCUGUAAAACAAUGUGAGCUUCACACCCUUAGACACUCUAAGGAUAAGGGCACACGGGCAGAAGAUUCUGGGAGAUUAGUUGCCCCAUUGGCAAAUCUCCUGUUCUUCGGGGGGACAAUCUCCCCGAACUGCCUCCCCUACCUUCCCGCCGGCUAAAAUGAAAAAUUGCCAGCGGGAUGGCACUCGUGUCGCUUCGUUUUCCGAAGUCGCACUAAGUUUCCUUUUGAGGCAAGAAGCCGAUUUGAGGCAAGAGACGAUUUGUUGCCGGGGUGACUAAUCUCCCCGAAUCUGCCAGUGUGCUCUUACCCUAAAUAUAAUGCUGGACGAAAUAGGGACCUGAGGGCCUUUCAAUGUAGUCUGAAUUUCUUUAUUAAAGUACUACAUGUUUCGGACCACAAGGAAGAACCCGAGGAAGGACCUUUGCGGUCCGAAACAUGUAGUGCUACAAUAAAGAAAUUCAGACUACAUUGAAAGGCUCUCCGGUCCCUAUUUCGUCUAUGAUACUAAGUGGCGGUGGCUUCUCCAGCAACUGUUGUUGAGCCUCAAAGACUGAAAGAAUUUAUGAACAAGGAAUUCAAUUCUCAUAUAAUGCUGGACCAUUGCUUUCCUUCAGGGGGGUUGUGUUUGUAUAAUUUUAGGUCAUUUUUUUUUAUUAAAAUUUG